AUGCCUUCCGCAGAGUCAAAACCGAGGACCUUGUACGAUAAGGUCUUCGAUGACCACAUUGUCAAUCAGCAAGAUGAUGGCACCUGCCUGCUUUACAUCGAUCGCCACCUUGUUCACGAGGUGACCUCACCCCAGGCUUUCGAGGGCCUCAAGAAUGCCAGCCGUGGCGUCCGUCGACCGGAUUGCACCCUGGUGACUGUCGAUCACAACAUUCCCACCAGCUCCCGCAAGAACUUCAAGAAUGCCGAGGAAUUCAUCAAAGAGAAUGACUCGCGCCUUCAAUGCACUACCCUCGAGCAGAACGUGAAGGACUUCGGCCUCACCUACUUCGGCAUGGGCGACAAGCGUCAGGGUAUUGUCCACAUCAUUGGCCCUGAGCAAGGCUUCACCCUGCCAGGAACCACCGUCGUCUGCGGUGACAGCCAUACCUCCACACACGGUGCUUUUGGUGCCCUGGCUUUUGGUAUCGGUACCAGUGAAGUUGAGCACGUCCUCGCGACCCAGACCCUCCUGACUCGCCGAAGCAAGAACAUGCGUAUCCAGGUCGAUGGCCAGCUUCCUCCGGGAGUCACCUCCAAGGACGUUGUCCUCCACAUUAUCGGUGUCAUUGGAACUGCUGGUGGUACCGGCGCCGUCAUUGAAUUCUGCGGAUCUGUCAUCCGCGGACUCAGCAUGGAGGCUCGUAUGUCCAUGUGCAACAUGUCUAUCGAGGGCGGUGCUCGCGCUGGUAUGAUUGCUCCGGAUGAGAUCACGUUUGAGUACCUCAAGGGCCGUCCUCUGGCUCCCAAGUACGGCAGCGCUGAGUGGAACAAGGCGGUCAACUAUUGGUCUACCCUCAAGUCUGAUGUGAACGCCAAAUACGAUGCCGAGGUCUUCAUUGAUGGCAAGGAUAUCGUCCCUACUAUCUCCUGGGGUACCUCCCCUCAGGAUGUCGUUCCGAUCACCGGUGUCGUUCCUGGCCCCGAUGAUUUCGAAGACAAGGACCGCAAGGCUUCUUGCAAGCGUGCCCUUGAGUACAUGGGUCUCACUGCCGGUACCCCCAUGAAGGAGAUUCCCGUGGACAAGGUUUUCAUCGGAUCUUGCACCAACGCUCGUAUUGAGGAUCUGCGUGCCGCCGCUAAGGUUGUCAACGGCAAGAAGAUUGCCCAGAACAUCAAGCGUGCAAUGGUUGUUCCUGGAUCAGGCUUAGUCAAGGAGCAGGCCGAGGCGGAGGGUCUCGACAAGAUCUUUACUGAUGCCGGGUUUGAGUGGCGUGAAGCUGGUUGCUCCAUGUGCCUGGGCAUGAACCCAGACAUUCUUUCCCCUAAGGAACGUUGUGCCAGUACCUCCAACCGUAACUUCGAGGGUCGCCAGGGUGCCCAGGGUCGUACUCACCUGAUGUCUCCUGCCAUGGCUGCUACUGCGGCUAUUGUUGGUACUCUUGCUGAUGUCCGCGAACAUGUUGUUGCUAGCCCUGUCACCGCCAAGGUCCAGCCUUAUGUCGACAUUCAGCCCGAGGCCGCCGAGUCCCCCGAGACCGAAGAUGAGCUCGACCGCGUGCUUGACCUCCCCGCUGAUAACGAGCCCCACACCAACUCCUCUGCUGGCGGCAGCAGUACCGGACUUCCCAAGUUCACCUCCCUGAAGGGCAUCGCCGCUCCUCUAGACCGUGCCAAUGUUGACACUGAUGCCAUCAUUCCCAAGCAGUUCUUGAAGACCAUCAAACGCACUGGCUUGGGAUCCGCUGCCUUCUACGAACUUCGCUUCAACCCCGAUGGCCAGGAAAACCCAGAUUUCAUCCUCAACCAGGGCAUUUACCGUAACUCUAAGAUUCUCGUGGUCACUGGCCCUAACUUUGGCUGUGGUAGCUCGCGCGAGCACGCUCCCUGGGCUUUGCUGGACUUUGGUAUCAAGAGUAUCAUUGCUCCUUCCUUUGCCGAUAUCUUUUUCAACAACACCUUCAAGAACGGCAUGCUCCCCAUCGUCGUUUCCGACGAGGUCGCUCUGAAGAAGAUUGCCGAUGAGGCUCGCGCAGGCCGCGAGGUCGAGGUUGAUCUUCCCAACCAAGAGAUCAAGGACGCCGAGGGCAACAAGAUCGUCAGCUUCGAUGUUGAUGCUUUCCGCAAGCACUGCCUUGUAAACGGCCUUGAUGAUAUUGGUCUAACUCUUCAGAUGGAGUCCAAGAUCCGCUCUUUCGAGACUAAGCGGACUCUUGAGACCCCCUGGCUGGAUGGCAGCGGGUAUCUUCGCCGUGGCAACCGUGGCGCCACCAAGAUUGAGGCCGCUCCCGUGCCCAAAACCAACCGUGGCGAUGUUAAGACUGAGCCGCUUGAGUGGUAA